UGACCCCUCACCUGUCCCUUCUCACCUGUCCAGGUACGAGGAGCUGUCCAACCUGAUCCGGUCGAUCCGGAACGCGAUGAAGAUCCGCGACGUCUCGCGCUGCCUCGAGGAGUUCGAGCUGCUGGGCCGGGCCUGGGCCAAGGCCAAGGGGGUGGUGGACAGGGAGGGCACCCCCAGGUUCUACCUGAGGAUCCUGGCCGACCUGGAGGACUACCUGAACGAGCUGUGGGAGGACAAAGAAGGGAAGAAGAAGAUGAACAAGAACAACGCCAAGGCCCUGAGCUCCCUCCGGCAGAAGCUCCGCAAAUACAACCGAGACUACGAGGCCCAGAUCGCCGCCUACCGACAGAACCCGGAGCAGUCGGACGAGGACGAGGAGAAAAGCAGGAGGGACUCCGAAGGUUCUGCCUCCUCUUCGGGGGCCGAGGACGAGCCCGGGACGUUCCUGAAGCGCCGGGACCGCGACGAGACCCGGGGGAGGUUCAAGGAGGAGGAGUCUGGCUCGGAGUCGGAGUCAGAUGAGGAUUGGGGCGACGACUCCUCGGAGUCGGACUCGGAGUCGGACGAGGACGACGGGAAAUUCACCUCCCUGGCCUCCAAAUUCCUCAAAAAGGACGAGGAGCGGCGCGGGGCCGAGCGGCGCCGGGAGGAGAAGGCGAAGAAGAAGCUGGAGCGGAAGACGCGGCGCGAGGAGGAGGAGGAGGAGGAGGAAGGGGGGGAGUGGGAGAAGGUCAAGGGCGGAGUCCCCCUCGUCAAGGAGAAGCCGAAAAUGUUCGCGAAGGGCACCGAGAUCACCGUGGGGUUGGUGGUGAAGAAACUCAACGAGAUCCUCCAGGCUCGGGGCAAGAAGGGCACGGACAGGGCGGCGCAGAUCGAGCUGCUGCAGCACCUGGUGUCGGUGGCCCACGAGCACAACCUGGGGGUGCCGCUGGAGCUGAAGAUCAAAUUCAACAUCGUGGCCUCCCUCUACGACUACAACCCCAACCUGGCCGCCUACAUGAAGGUACUGGGGGGAAAUUGGGGGGAAAUUGGGUUUAAAUUGGAUUUUAAUGGGGUUAAAUGGGAUUAAAUUGAAAUUAAAUGGGGUUAAAUUGGAUUUAAUGGGGUUAAAU